CCGCGCCGCGCCCCGCCCACCCCGCCCAACGGAGGGCGCGCCCGGGCGAGGCGGGGCCGAGAAGAAAAGGCGCCACCAGAGAGUGGCAUCCGCUAGCAACGCCGGAGGGAGAUCGAGAACCCCCUGGGCCCCAGCCCACCGGCGCCCAGGCUCCCCCGCCCUUAGGCCACCUUUCGCCCGCCUCCUGCCGCGAGCCAAGGCCGGCGCCCCGCCCGGAGAUGGGCAGACGCGCGGAUGGCGUGGCUCCCAGUGCCGCCAGAUCGUUGGAGCCCGGCGCCGGGGCGCUGCGCUGAAGCUCUCGAUCCGCGCUGCCUGGGAAGCCUGCAGGUGUCCUUGGCCGCUCGGCCGCCGGAGCCCAGAGCCCCGCGCCCCGGAGCGGCUCCGCCCCCCAGGCUCGGCGCUGCGCAGGACGCCCCGUCUGAGGCCCCCCCGCCCCAGCACGGCCCCCGCUGCGCAGCGCCAGCCCCGCGCCGCUCCUAGCCGCUGCCGAGCCGCGGACGCAGGACGGGAGGCUCGCUCCUGCGGGCGCGCUUGUUUUUCUGCGGCCGCCUCGCCCUGCGCAGCCCCCGCCCGCCUGAACGCCGCGCUCCGCUCAGCCCCGCCCGCCAUCCGAGCCCUGAGCUGGAUUUAUGAAUGGGGGGAAGAGGCCACAUGCCGCCGCCGCCGCCUCGUGUUGACCGCAAGCAGCCCGGGCCCGCGGAGCUCCGCCGGCUGCCGUAAGAGCGUCGGCCCGGCCCCGGCAGCCGCUCCGAGGACUUGUUGCUGCUGCGCUGCCGCCGCCGCGGGGAAGCCGGCCGCUCCCGGGACUCGGGAGCCGGAGAGUGGCCCCUGUGAGUGUGAGUGUGAGCGCGCGCGCGCCCCAGACCUUCGCAGUGAGCCUGGACUGUGCGCUAACUCGCCUUUUGAGGGUGAAAGGGGGGGCGUGUCCGGGGGCCCGAGCAUCUGAGUGUCCAGUCCUAGCCGGGGAGCGUGAGGGCUUGUUCCUGCCUCCCCGGGCCCCUCGCUUGGGUCCUCGGCUCGCCUUUUCCCUCCUGCCUCCCUCGCCGGAGCUGCCUGCCCAAACCCCAACCACCUGUGCACCGGAGAAACCCAACUCCUCCUGCUCCGCGCCCCGGGGGGAGGCAGGGGCAGGGCCAAGCCGCAGAGGGGGCCGCCGCCGCCUCCUGCCUCCUCCUCGUCUCCUCCCCCUCCCCCGUCUGACGCUGCCUCCUUGGGAAGGGUGUUUGGAGGGCAGCGGCCGCCCCAAGCCGAAGCCCCGCAGCGCUUCUUAUGAUCAGCUCGGUGUGUGUCUCCUCCUACCGUGGGCGCAAGUCGGGGAACAAGCCUCCGUCCAAAACAUGUCUGAAGGAGGAGAUGGCCAAGGGCGAGGCGUCGGAGAAGAUCAUCAUCAACGUGGGCGGCACGCGACAUGAGACCUACCGCAGCACCCUGCGCACCCUACCGGGCACCCGCCUCGCCUGGCUGGCGGAUCCCGACGGCGGGGGCCGGCCCGAGUCCGAUGGCGGCGGUGCAGGCAGCAGCGGCAGCAGCGGCGGCGGGAGCUGCGAGUUCUUCUUCGACCGGCACCCGGGCGUCUUUGCUUACGUGCUCAACUACUACCGCACCGGCAAGCUGCACUGCCCCGCCGACGUGUGUGGGCCGCUCUUCGAGGAGGAGCUCACUUUCUGGGGCAUCGACGAGACCGACGUGGAGCCCUGCUGCUGGAUGACCUACCGGCAGCACCGCGACGCCGAAGAGGCGCUCGAUAUCUUCGAGAGCCCGGACGGAGGCGGCGGUGGCGCAGGGACCGGCGACGAGGCCGGCGAUGAUGAGCGGGAGCUGGCCCUGCAGCGCCUGGGGCCCCAUGAGGGAGGUGCAGGCCCCGGCUCGGGGUCGGGGGGCUGCCGCGGCUGGCAGCCCCGCAUGUGGGCGCUCUUCGAAGAUCCCUACUCCUCCCGGGCGGCCAGGGUGGUGGCCUUCGCCUCUCUCUUCUUCAUCCUGGUCUCCAUCACCACCUUCUGCCUGGAGACCCACGAGGCCUUCAACAUUGACCGCAACGUGACAGAGAUCCACCGAGUGGGGAACACGACCAGCGUGCACUUCCGGCGGGAGGUGGAGACAGAGCCCAUCCUGACCUACAUCGAGGGCGUGUGUGUGCUGUGGUUUACACUGGAGUUCCUGGUGCGCAUCGUGUGCUGCCCUGACACGCUAGACUUCGUCAAGAACCUGCUCAACAUCAUCGACUUCGUGGCCAUCCUGCCCUUCUACCUGGAGGUGGGGCUGAGCGGCCUGUCCUCCAAGGCAGCCCGAGACGUGCUGGGCUUCCUGCGCGUCGUGCGCUUCGUGCGCAUCCUGCGUAUCUUCAAGCUCACACGCCACUUCGUGGGGCUGCGCGUGCUGGGCCACACCCUGCGUGCCAGCACCAAUGAGUUCCUCCUGCUCAUCAUCUUCCUGGCCCUGGGCGUGCUUAUCUUCGCCACCAUGAUCUACUAUGCCGAGCGCAUUGGCGCCAGGCCCUCCGACCCACGGGGCAACGACCACACCGACUUCAAGAACAUCCCCAUUGGCUUCUGGUGGGCGGUGGUCACCAUGACGACGCUGGGCUAUGGGGACAUGUACCCCAAGACGUGGUCGGGCAUGCUGGUGGGGGCGCUGUGUGCACUGGCUGGCGUGCUCACCAUCGCCAUGCCCGUGCCGGUCAUCGUCAACAACUUCGGCAUGUACUACUCCCUGGCCAUGGCUAAGCAGAAGCUGCCUAAAAAAAGAAAGAAGCACGUGCCCCGGCCACCCCAGCUUGAGUCACCCAUUUACUGCAAGUCUGAGGAGACCUCGCCCCGGGACAGCACCUACAGUGAUACCAGCCCCCCUGCCCCAGAAGAGGGUAUGGUUGAGAGGAAACGGGCAGACUCCAAGCAGAACGGCGAUGCCAAUGCGGUGCUGUCCGAUGAGGAGGGAGCUGGCCUCACCCAGCCCCUGGCCUCUGCCCCCACCCCUGAGGAGCGCCGGGCCCUGCGACGCUCUGGCCCCCGAGACAAAAACAAGAAGGCAGCCGCCUGCUUCCUGCUCAGCGCCGGGGACUAUGCCUGUGCCGAUGGUAGUGUCCGGAAAGGUAUGGCUCCCCAGGCCGGGCAGGUGGAGAGCCCCCAGGGAGCUGAGUCUCCCCAGUGUCCCCUGCAAACCUUGAGGUCCCCUCCUCCCCUGAGGCCUUGGCCACCAUCUCCUCUGCCUUGGAUGUGCCCCCGCUUUUAAGAUGAGUACCCUGAUCUCCCACUCCCUGGACUAGAAAGGCCUCCGGCAUCCCCCAGAGGUUCACAGAGCCUAGCACCCACGCCCCUCCCAGCCCCCCACCAUGGCCACAGGGAAGAAAGACUAAGUGCUAGAGGCUAAGGGCAGGCCAAAUCAGCGGCCCCUGCCUUUCCCCUCCAUUUGAUCACCACCUCUUCCUCUGGUUCCUGCCACGACCUUGAGGCCUGGCUCCACAGGGUCACUGCCAGACUUUCCCUAGACCUCCCUUAAACACAGCUAAGGUUUCCCAAGUAAGUCCCAAGAGAUACCAAGAGGCUUCGGGAGUCAGGAUAAGAAUGAGCUGUUGGUGUGAUGUCUUUGGAGAGCCUAGCACAGGCCUGACCUCCUCAUCCUACCCUGGGGGUCCAGGAGCCCGGGAGGGGCCAGCCCAGCUCUGCACGCCUCUUGAGGCAGAGCCAGCAGGUGACCAAGGGGUGGGGAAGGGGGUAGGGAUGGGUAGGGACUCUGUGUCCCCUCUGAGGUGUGCUCUGAAGGAUUUGGAGGGUUCAGGAGAGUAGCCCGUCCUCUCCAGUAAGGAAAGGCUGAAAUUCAUCGGCAGGCCCCUAGCUGUGGCAGGAGCAGGGCAGAAGCUGGGCUGUGGACUUAGGGCUUCCUUACUUGCAAAAAGGGGGUCAGCAAUGAUGGAGGAUGGUUGAGGGUCGGUAGUGGCUGAGAACAGGAGUCUCAAGAGCAGGUGCUCCUGCCCGGUUCCUGAUCACUUUUUUGUCAUUCUUGCCCUGUCCCUGUGACUUAACCUGCCUAAAUGCCCUACCUAGAUCCAGAACAAACCCUGACUCCUCCCGAAACAAAGCUUGUCCCUGGGUUCUCAGGCCACUUCUUAACCAGCCCUCUUUUAACCAAAUCCACACCCCCCCACCCCCGCCACUUCUCACUGUCCCAAACUCCAGUCCAGGUCUGGGUUGAGUGAGUCGGGGCAGUGUCUGUGAUGCCUCUGUCCCCCCAAGCGUGUCUCCUGGCCUGCUCAUCUCAUGCAGCCUGCACGGGCACCUUCCCAGCCCCUGCCCCCACGGGAUCCCCAGGGCACCCUGACCCUGAUGAGGCGCUGAGAGGUGUGUGUCCAGCUGUGCUGGGCAUAUGUACUGUUGGGUGUCACCAGCAGGAGCUGCCAUCUGGCAGCUGGAAGGAGAUGGCCCAGAGGCCCCAGCUACGGGGCUGCAGGUUGAAGGUACUCAGACCAUUUACACUCUCUCCUGCGUCUCUCUGGUCUCCCUGUCCUCUGCGUGUCCCAGUCCUUGGGCUCUGGAUGUGCCUGUCUCUCCUGCCCCCCAUCACAAACACGCAGCGGCUUCUGCUGCGUCCUGGUUCAGACCCAGAGACUUGCUGUGGCUGGAGCAUGCUGAGUGAUGACCCGGAAUGUGGGGCAGAGGGGACCCUGCCUCCCAUGUAGGCCUCGAGCUGACUGCCCGACAGCCCUGUUUGCAUUCCAGUAUUGUGAGGGGCUUGGCGGAAGCAGCAGUGUGGAAGAGGCUGUGAGGGUACAAGUCAGGCGGGACCGUGAGGAGGUGGGGAGCGGGUCACACCCGGGGCAGGAGGGGCACGUGCCUGGGCUGGGGAGCGUGUACCGCACCGCCAGAUCUCUCUGGGAGCUCGUGUGGCCCGGCUGCUCUAUUUUCAAGAUGCCUCCACACUGCUUCUUGGCAACAAGCAUGCAGCUCAGCCAAUUAGAGUGACCUUCGAGAGGGAACAGGUGGGUUGCUGGGAAACAGGCCCUGCUAAGCGAGCGUGGCAGUUAGCAUCGCCAAACUCCCAGCAAGCACUCAGCAACUUUCCCCAUGCCAGACCGUGCCUCCCUUCUCUGCACUGGGGCUACGUGUGGGACCUGGCGUAGGGGGCCCAGGGCUCCUUCAGCCACGGGCAGAGACUCCCUUGUGAGCCUAUAGCUGCCCAAGUGUCAGAGUGUGAACUCCCUUGGGGGGGGGGGGGGUAGGGGGAAGGUGACCGGUGCUGAUCAGGGCUUCUGAAGAUGGUGUAGAAAGGUGCUGGAGGCUGGGGGGUGUAUGUGUAGCUGGAAGGGAACUUACUUGGGGACAAUGACAGGGCAGAGAUCAGCUGUGCGGCCCUGGCAUCUGUCCUCUGGAGCCCAGGUGACCUGGAAGCCCAAGAACAUCAGGGAGCCUUUCCCAGGCGGGCCAGACCCCUCAACCAGCCCAGGGCUGACUGCCCCGCGGGGUCCCCUGGAGCAUGGAUCCCACGGAGCUGCUCAGAUGAGGAACCAGGCCCCUCUGACCCAUGUGCCUUUUCUUCACCAAGGCUGCGCAAAGUCCUGGAGUCUAAACAACAUAGCUGGAGCAGCUGGAACCAGUCUGGGGCUGUCUCCACUGGCAUCAAGAUACAGCUCACCCUACCCUCCAAGAAAGCUCCCUCUCUC